AUGGAGCGAGAAGCGCAAGACGCGAACGCCGACACCACUGACCAAGACGUGCGGGAGCACGCCGCACCAGCGUCUUCUCCCCUGUCUUCUUCGGAGCAGCCAGCUGCCGAAGCUGAAACUCCAGCGCCGACCCAGGCGGAGGAGCCCUUCAACAAUAAUAUCCCUGUGUUUCUAGACCGCACUUUCCGCAUGGUGGAGUCCGUCUCGGAUGACAUCGUCUGCUGGUCGGAAGCCGGGGAUUCUUUCAUCAUCAAGCAGAUCCACCGUGACCGCAGUAGCAGUACAGGGACGAAGCGCAGGUUAGGAGAGAAGCAGAGGUAA